UGAACAUUCAUCAUAAAUUCUAGAAAUUUUGCCAAUUGCAAAACGCGUUGACACUCUUUUAAAACCACCAAACCAAAUCUACCACCGACAACAAAAUGAACGAAUUCGGAGAAUACCCGCCAAAUAUGGCACCCCAAGACGCGCUUGUCGUGCGCGAACAAGCAGAGCCCGAUCACGCUGUCGUACCAUAUACUGGCGAGGAUCUAGCGCGACCUAAACUCGGUCCUCUAAAUCCAUACAAAGACGAGUCGAACGCAUUAAAACGGAAGAAUGUGCUUACCGGCCAAGCGGAGGAGACCUUCCUAAGCGAACACACAUUUCGCAGCAAGCACCGUGCCAUCGAACGUAAGGGUGGCCCCGAAAGAGAAUACCAAUCUGGCGUUGUUGUCAAGGAGGAAGCUGCUAAGUUAAGGGCUUCAAGGCAAAAAAAGGGUGAUGCGACCAUAGCUGAUGGUGACGGCGCGUAUGUUGGACCUUGGGCCAAAUACAAUAAAGAUGAAUACGAGGAAGUCGGAGAAGACGAGGAAUUGGCUAGUGAUGAAGAGGUGGAAUAUGUCUACGAAGACGAUGAGGACGUGGUGGCGAGCGGUACAGUCAUAUCGGCACCUACCGGUGCUCUGGCUAGGAGGAAGGAAGUUGAGGAAUUAGGAGAUGAGCAGACGAUAUUCCACGGCGAACAACAGUACGACUACCAAGGAAGAACAUACAUGCACGUACCGCAAGAUAUGGAUAUCGAUUUAAAGAAGGAGAACGGCAGCAUCACGAACUAUAUACCCAAGAAGCUGGUCCAUACAUGGAAGAACCACGACAACAAGGCUGUUACAGCUCUACGCUUCUUCCCGAACUCGGGACAUCUGUUACUGUCUUCUGGCGCAGAUACAACGAUCAAGAUCUGGGAUGUGUACCACCAAAAGGAACUUCUGAGAAGUUAUCUCGGCCACUCCAAAGCUGUAUCAGAUAUCUGCUUCAACAACGAGGGCACUCAGUUCCUCUCUGCGUCGUAUGAUCGCCAGAUGAAGCUCUGGGACACGGAGACUGGCGCAUGUAUCAACAAGUUCACAACAGGCAAAACACCCCAUGUCAUCAAGUUCAACCCUUCGCCAGAGCAUUCGCAUGAGUUCCUGGCUGGUAUGUCUGACAAGAAGAUUGUGCAAUUCGAUACGCGUACGCGAGAGCUGGUGCAGGAAUACGACCACCAUCUCAACGCCAUCAAUACUAUCACCUUCGUAGACGAGAACCGGCGGUUCAUGACGACAUCUGACGACAAAUCGCUGCGAGCCUGGGACUACAACAUUCCGGUUCCGAUCAAGUAUAUCGCAGAGCCGUAUAUGUACCCGAUGACGCGCGCAUGCCUACACCCGUCCGGCAAGUACGUUGCGUACCAGUCGUCGGAUAACCAGAUCGUCGUCUAUGGCGCCAACGACAAGUUCCGGCAGAACCGCAAAAAGAGCUACCGCGGCCACAACAACGCCGGUACCGCCAUUGACGUUGCCUGCAGCCCCGACGGCCAGUUCCUCACCUCCGGCGACAGCGCCGGGUUCGUCUGCUUCUGGGACUGGAAGACGUGCAAGAUGUACCAUAAGCUUCCGGCCGGCGACCAACCCAUCACAUGCGUCCAGUGGCAUCCUCAGGAAACGAGCAAGGUUGUUGCUGCUGGCUUAGACGGUGUGAUUAGAUACUGGGAUUAAUUUGGGGAUUUUCUGGUUGUAAGGAGAGACAUGACUGGCAUUGCAUGGCGUUUUUGGGGUUUCUGGUUUACGCGAAGGCAUUACCUAUGCUAUGAUUGGGUUAGGUAACCUAUUGUAAACCGGAAAACCCUACAAUAGGAAGAAGUUUAUAAACUCGUUUAUAUUUAUCAAAUGAUGAUAAUACCCACAUUGUUUCAGUCUCG